UAAUCUGGGCACUACCGGGAGAGCGCUUGCUCCUCCAGGGCAAGCCACAGCCAAACUAGUUCUACAAGGCAGGGCGUCUCAGACUCCUGAACCAGUGGAGACCGGGUCUCAAAGGCUGGCCUGGAGGCUGCAGCCAGAGUGAGGAGGGAGGUGUGGCUGUUGAUUUUCCUGCCACAAUCUCUGUGUUGAGUCAGACCCGCGGCUGGGCUGGUCCUGCAGCCCGCUGCUGAGCAGAAGGAGCUGUGGUUAAUGAUUGACCCGUGGGAGACCUCUCUGCUUCGCUCCUACAAGGCGACCGGGGAGGCCAGUGCCAGGGACCUGGAAAGGAGAGCAGGACCCACAGCCAGGCCAAGUACUGCGGGUCUCGCUCUGAGUUGGGUAGGGAGGUCAGAGCCUCCUUCCCCUGACUGGUCUCUCCUCACUCCAGAGCAGCUAUUUCCAAACCACCACCACCACCCACUGGCGCCGCCAGGGAUCCUAGGGUGAAUUAUUCCAGGAAGUUUCAAUGAGAAAGCCGAAAAACUAAGUCACCCUUGGCCAGCCAACCCCAGUGACUUGGAAAGUACUGCGCCCACGCUGGUGAGUUGCGGGAUUUCUCUGGGAAGAGGAAGAAAGGGAAGUGGAGACAUUUGGGAACCUGGCAGCCUGGCUCUUUCUUCCUCAUGGCUUCAUCCAGUGGCUCCAGCGAUGUUUGCUCCCGUGUCAUCGAUCACAACCAGGUCCCCGACUUUGAGGUGGUCACUUGGAUCAAAAUCACCCUCUUCUUGGUGUACCUGGUCAUCUUCGUGGUGGGCAUCUUGGGCAACAGCGUCACCAUCCGGGUCACACAGGUAUUGCAGAAAAAGGGCUAUUUGCAGAAGGAGGUGACAGAUCACAUGGUCAGUUUGGCUUGUUCAGAUAUCUUGGUCUUUUUGAUUGGCAUGCCCAUGGAGUUCUACAGCAUCAUUUGGAACCCCCUGACCACACCCAGCUACCCGCUGUCCUGUAAGAUCCACACGUUCCUCUUUGAGACGUGCAGCUACGCCACAUUGCUGCACGUGCUGACCCUCAGCUUUGAGCGCUACAUUGCCAUUUGCCAUCCCUUCAGGUAUAAGGCCUUGUCCGGACCUUGCCAGGUGAAACUGCUGAUCGGCUUUGUAUGGGUCACCUCGGCCCUGGUGGCGCUGCCCUUGCUCUUUGCCAUGGGUAUCGAGUAUCCCCUGGUGUCUGUGCCCACCCGCAGAGGAUUCAGCUGCAACCUCUCUCGCACCCGCCACCACGAGCAACCGGAGACCUCCAAUAUGUCCAUCUGCACAAACCUCUCCAGCCGCUGGACUGUCUUCCAGUCCAGCAUCUUUGGGGCCUUCUCAGUUUACUUGGUGGUCCUGGCGUCUGUGGCUUUCAUGUGUUGGAAUAUGAUGAAAGUGCUAACGAGGAGCAAGCGCGGUACCCUGGCGGGAAGCGGGCCACAGCUGCAGAUGAGGAAGUCAGAGAGUGAGGAAAGCCGGACAGCGAGAAGACAGACCAUCAUAUUCCUGAGUGAGUCCGGGUCGCGGGCGAUCCUGGGGCUUCUGGCCUGAGAGAAGUGAAAACCCGAGUUCAUUGAGGCUAAAGAGAGGUAGCUGCAUAAGGGCUGGGUGCUCAUCGGGGUGUGUGGAGAGACGUCUCUUCUUUGUGUUUAGGAAAUCUGUGGUCUGUGACAUUGGAAGGUCGGGUACAUCAUUUCUGUGACUUCAGGCUGUAAACAACGUAUCUUGGAUGAAAAUACUGGGAGAUAAGAGGAACAAAUUAAGUCACCCAGGACAGACGGGAGUCCUUUGGAAAGGGACAUGUCCUUCAGAGAUAAAGAGAGUAACUCUUAUCUUCUGGACCCUUAGACCAGAGAGCCUUGAUCAGGCAGGGAAAUUUUAUCCCUAUUUUUUUUUUUCUCCUCCUUAGAAGAGGCUGGCUUGUCAGGGAUCCUGACUCUCUAGAUUGCUAUUUUGGGCAGGAGUGACCUGCAAGUCUUCAGAAACUGGAGCUCUGAUUCGCUCCCUCUGAGAUGUACAUGAUUACUCCCUGCUUGGGGCCAUGGA